AUGACCUCUAUAAAUCAUUCUAAUAACUUGUGCCUUGUCACCCUUCACUUCCCUCCUUCCACCUCUUGCCACUGCCCUGACCAUGUGCCGCCUAGUGAGCUUGACAAGAAAUUUGACAAAUUUGAUAACCUCAAAAACACCUCAAAUAACAACCCUACUAACAUCCUUACUAACCUCUGUUCCGGCCUCGAAAAAUUCCUCGGCUUCAAUCCAUCCUCCAAAGGCUACAACGGCAGUGGUAUUGUGUACUCUGACCUGGACAGGCUGUGUGACGGGGUGAUGGGAUUUUUGCUUAAAUGCCUUGAGGGAAGUAAAGAGUUGUUAACACAUUAUAAUCCUGAAAUAACGGAGACUAUCGAGCAUUUAAAUAAUUCGAUAGGCAAGGGACUUGGCGUUUCGGGAUUUGCCUCCGCCAUUGGGAAGGUUAAGAGCGGGCUGCAGGGGUAUGAGAGGGUGAUGGAGGAGAGGAUUAAGGAGGUGAAAACGCCUUUGGAAACGAUGCAAGAGAGAUUUAGACAGUUAGAGACGUACUUAAAUAAUUUUAGUAAAAAGAACCUUAAGACUCAAUUGACUCAUGUCUCUGAACAGGCUAGGUUGUACUGGACUGAGGCCAAUGGUGUUGCACUGUCAAGUGCAGAUUUAGAUGACGAUCUUAAGAAAAAAUUAGAACCUGCGGUGGAGGCAGUAAAACAGGCCUCUAAAACGUUUAGAGACGUAACACAAAAUUCACACGUUAAUACAGAGGCUACUCGUGUUGAUACGACAUUGAUAGAGCAUGUAAAACACAUAAAGAUGGCGCUUGAUUACCAAACCAGGAACGUUCAAACUGCGUUAAAUAAUGGCUACGAAGCAGUGCAAAAAAGCAUAGAUGAUCUUAUUAAGAUUAGAGCAGCACAUAUGCAAGCUAUCACGCGUAGCGUCAGUGACGCUAAAAUAACAGUCAGUGAUUAUGUUGACAACUUCGACAAUGAGUUCAAAACGCCCAUUAGAGAAGCAUUCGAGGAAAUCAUAAGAAAGCUUUCUGUAGUAGAUUCAAAAAAAAACCAAACACAACUCCGGACGGAUGUUGAUGAUAUUAAGAAGAAGCUUAUGGCAUUUGGUGAUAAACUCAGCCAACAUGUACAGAAGUUAGGAAUUGGAAUAGAGGCCGCGGAAAAUACACGUGCAAUGGCUGAACAAAAGGCUGGUGAAGCGUACGAUAAGUUGAAAGAAGAAGACGAGGUUGGUAAAAAUGUGAAGUCGAAGCUGGGUGAAGAAAUUGACAAUAUUUUGAAAACUAGGAAUAAUAUAUCUCUUGUCAAUAAUAAGCUGAUAGAGCAAGUUACGGCGUUAGGAGAGUGGAAGUUAGCUGCGGAGAGAGACGCUGAAAAGGCGGUUAAGUGGUGUAACGCAAUUGUUAAGGCGCUGAAGCCGGAUAAAGGUAUGACUUUUGCAACGAGGUUUCCAGAGAUUACAAAGAAGGUGACUGAACUUAAUGAAGCAUAUACUAAAACUAAGCAACGCCUUCAAGAGGUUACUCAAUUAACUAAGGAAGCUAAUACAAAACUUGGGACUAUAAAAGACGAUGUCAUGUCUCAACUGGGUGCUGAUGUGUCCGGUGCUCUAUUAGCGCUGAAGGAGACGUUGAAAGCUUCCAAAAACGUACAGAAGCUUGUGAAUCAUAUCAAAGGUUUGAACAACCGAGAUAACAAAUGUCUCGAUAUCGGUGGAUAUACAACAAGUGUUCAUCUCAGUAUUGACAAAAUCACCGGGUCGGAAGUCAUCGAACCAUGGCUUAAGGAGGUUGAAAAAGAAAUUGAGACACCGCUCAUACAAGCUGCGCAGGCCGGUGCUACGGCGCUCGAUGGUAAAAUUAAAAGUGAAGUUAAAAUUACACCAUUGGCAACAGUUAACGACACUGUGCAUAAAGUCGACGAUGGGGAAACAAAAACUAAAAAGGGUGAUAUCGAGCAUGCCCUUAACAUGGUAAAACUGCAGAUGGAUGAAAUUGCCAAAAAAGUUGAAAAAAACAACGACGAUGAUACAAUUAGGGGUUAUCUGAAUCAUAUUCAAACUGGACUCGGUGGCACAGACAGGUGGACAUCGAAUAAAGCCGGCGACGGACAAAUUUCUGGGCUACAGAGAAUCAAUACUGCUAUUGGCGCAUUGCAAUCCACUCUGUCGCAACAGCCAACUGCAAUCUAUAAUGGAGUUGAGGGAAUUAAGAUGCAGCUACUUGGCGCCAGAAAUGCAUUGAAAUCUGAGAAAGGGCAAGAUGUCUUUUUCACUUUGGGAGAUUUGAAGACAAAAAUUGGUCACGUCAGCAACGGGGACUCCCCUCCUGCAGAUAGCCUCGGUGAACUCCGCGUACAACUAGCAGAACUACAUGCCUCCGAGUACAACCAAUUCGGCACAAUACUGACAGCUAUUACAACAGCGCUUGAGAAAGUUAGUCAAUUGGAGAACGUUCCAGGUGAAUUAGAAAAGAGUAAAAAAGCGGUUGACAAUUCAAUGGAGCAGUUGCACAAACACCUAAAAACACUGAAACUAAAAAUCGAAGCAAUAGAAUCAUCCGUAACAAAAGCUGAAGAAUCAUUGCAGCAGUACACAUCGAACGUUGAGAGUGCCUUACAUAACGCGCAUAACAGCUCAAUUAAAGCCAUCAACCAUCUCAAUGAGCGCCUUACGACGACUGUCAAUUCCAGUUUUGAAACCAUUAAAAGCGUGAUAAGAUCCCUCUUCGCGAAGCAGAAGCAGGCCGAGCUGGCCGCGCUGGAGAGCGUUGUCACGGCGCAGUUAAAGGAGAUUGAGAGGGUUAUUGAGAAUGAAAAAGACAGUGGCGUAAAAGGUUUCAUAAAGCGGUUGAACAGCGGUAUCGCUGCAAAUCUCGAUAGAUCUGUGCUGACUAACGACACCACGUUCGUUCAGUUAGCUAUGCGAGUUGCUGGUUAUGUCGAUCCGUUGUUUGAAUUUAUAAAUGAAGAGUUAACACCGCCAAAUUCGAGGUCUGCAACGUCAUCUAUGUCUCAACCUGUGAACCCUUACGCUUCCAAGGUAGACAAAAUCCGGAGUGCGCUGGCCACAUUACUAACACGUCUUAUCAAUGGUAAGAGCAAAACAUACAACUUUGAUACUCAAUUUGCGCUUGAUCUGUCAUCAGUUCUGGACGCUGUGAACGAGUUAAGCGCAGUGAAAUUUGGCGAGGGCAAGCAUCCUGAGCUCCUCAACAUUCUUAGGAGUGGCAUGACAGAUCUUGGUAAGGAAUUAAGGCAUGCCUAUAUUAAUGCAUAUGAUAAAGCUAUGAUGCCACAGGUUUUGAAAAAUGACAAAUUGACAAUUGAUGCUGAGAAAUGUUCAAAAGUAUGUCUCACUGUAAUCUCCAUCCUUGGCCUCUCAUUAACCAUGUUGAAGGUUAAUUGCUGGAGUCUACGUGGACAGCAGAUUAACAGAGAUGUUGAUCUCGGAAAACUAUUAGCUGCAGAGGGAUACCAUGUGUCUGACCGAGGCGAGCAGAACGGGGAGCUCCAAGACAAGGACAUAAUGAAAGGUGACCAAGUUCACAAGAGACUGAGUUGGCCAAUUAGCAGCGCCGCUACUGAUCAUUUGACAACGUGCAAGCCGAACAACAAAGCAGAGAAAUUUGAUAUAUUGGACAUUCUCAGAUGUCUCUCUGAUCAUCUUCAUCAAUAUUACAGCGUUCGUCACUACGCCACAUCAUCCGCCACUAGGCAACCGAGCAAUAUCUACGAAAUGCUGUGCUGGCUCAUAGGUCUUCCACAUAAUCCAGUCUAUCCACAGUUGUCACUUACCGGCUUUACUGACCUAUUUGAGAAACCGAAGGAAGAAAAGAACGCGGACAAUGAAGCCGGGGAAGACAUCGUUGCUAUUAAGAGUCUCAAUGACUUAACCUUGGAGGCCUACCCGGAAAGCAUUACAGUAGACAAACUAACAACAACGCUUGGAGAGGUAUGUUCUGGAUCAAAUUCCGUCCUGACUGCCAUCCUAGGAAAGGGCCACGCGGGUGGCAUAUAUGCUUGCGACUUCUCCAGCAACUCACUAAAAUUACGAUAUGCGACCAAUAUGGACGCUCUAAUUUGUCAGCUUUCGGAUAUACUGAAACGCGUUUACCGGCAGCUGUACUUCCUUUAUCAACAAUGUCAUUACAAUCAAAAACAUAGUGGAUGGCGCGACUGUUGGUAUGGUAGGUACGUUGGAGGUUCGCACUGGCGAUGCAAUGACAAGCAAUGUGUAACUCAAGACUGUAACCAAAAGGCCCACCAAACAUCCAACCAAAACGCUAACCAAAUGUGUAAGCAACACCCGAAGUGCGGGCUUAAGUCACCUCUCCAAUCCUUCCUCGAAGAUGGACUUCCUGGUUUUAUGCCGCAUACACUAAUAUCUGAAAAAGGUAAAUUAGCAUGUUCUCAGAAAAACCACGGUAAUCUGCUGUGUCAUACGCCAAUGGGCUUCAGAGAUAUAAGUGUAAUGGCUUCUCAUACGAAUAGAGGUACACACAUCUAUAUGACUCUCUCCGAUUUUUGCGGAGGUAAGUUUUCUCCCCUCACCAGGCUAUGUAAUUUAUUUAAUUGUCUACUUCCAAGUGCGCCAAAAUCACUAGAUGAUAUGUUUGGGUUUUUAUACCACUUAUUACACAGAUGGCAUGAUGAUAAUAACAAGGAUCGUAUGACGCAUCGGAAAGAGGCGUUUAACGAUGCUGUCAAAGAGGCCUGUUUUGAUGGAGGCUAUGAUCUCAGCGAAGUAUCGUUAUUGUUCACAUCGAGAAGGCACACAUCUUUCGUUUAUAGCGAUAAUAAGGCAAAUAAUUUAUAUCAUAAUGAUGGUGAUCUGUAUAGCAUACAUAGACCCGAGGAUACAUGUUACACUGCUAACAUGAAAUGCGGUGCGUACGUAUCACCGUUGUCUAUGGACAUACAUUCCACAUUGUCGUCGAAACAUAAAGCGCUAUACCUGUCAUGGGUCGUUUACUGUACCGAAACGUUCUACAGUCUUCUUCGAAAAUUAUACGAUGAGUGCUAUAAUAAUUGCGCAUCGGCAAAUGCGAAAUGCUAUAGUCACGGAUGCUACAAGGAGUGCCUGAUUUCAACUGGAAGCUUAUUCCAAGAGUCGCAGCCUAGUACACACUGGCCGCAAUGUAGCUCAAUUCUGGAUUGUAGAAUGACACUGCCCACAUUAUAUAGCUCUGGCAUGAUAUUUGGAGAUAGGGAAAUGCUCGAAGGACAGGUCGGCAGUAAACGAUAUAUAAAAAGAACGUGUAAAGAUUUCACUGACCAAUUAAAAACUGUCAUCGGUGACACCUCGGUAUUGUCUAAAAUAAUUCACAAAACAAUUCCCGAAUUCCUAUUCACCAUCCGCGCACCGUUCCUGUGGAUGACCGUCGCGCUCUGGUCACUGUCCCUCUUCUACCUCAUCUGCGUGAUGGUUGGCAGACUGGAUGUGCUGCAUAUCAAGUCACACCUGAGGAUACCGUCGUCGCACAAGAUAACGCCGCAAUCAUUGUUGGCUGCAGCGCAAGUCGGAAGGCUUGCCAAGAUAUCGUAUCUACAACCGUGA